UAAGGAAAACUGCUUCUGUGGCCUUUUAUUUGCCUUGGCUUUAAUUCAAAUGGAGAUCUAUUGGAGCACUUUGAUGAGCGAUGGGCUGCACUCCGUCUAAGUCGGUUGUGGUAUACGGGCAGGACCGCGUGCUGCGAGAUCAGGACACUUGUUCCACGUUCGUACCCAGCCUAGUGAGCUCCGCAUCCACGCCAGAGAGACCCUCUCCUCGGCUGUUCGCGGAGACAAGCGGUGGUAAACAAACUUUCCUCAGCGUUCCUACGAGAGAUGUCCAUGGGCGGCCCCUGAGCCAGUCAUCCUGUCCAGAGCCGUGGAGCUCAGCCAGCACCAGCAGCGCGGGGCCAAGCAGCCCAGCAUUACUCAGUGUGGAUCGGCCCCGCAGCCCCAGUCCUCUCACGCCAAGUGACACCGAAGAAUAUGGGACUGCUUAGAUCUCAUGUCUGGAAAACUGCGACUCAAGAAAUAGAAAAUAAAAACUAUGUGGUGUAAAAACGAGUCAAUACGAAUAAUGUUGCCUAUAUCAGUUACUUGAGUUGUCGAUACUAAAAUUAAACGGGAAAGGGAAAUCACUUUCGCGCUGAUGCCAACUUGCUUUACAGCUAAACUCUCGCGAGAACGCGUAUGUUAACGCAGUGAAGAGGGAGAUAGAAAGAAAUGAGGUCUGAAAAAGACCAAAUGACCGUGGCCAAGGAGAAGAGCACUGUGGAGAUCCAAUUUAGAGACAUCCCGAGUGAGCAGGACAAUACCAGUGGAAACGCCAAGCAGAAAGAAGAGAAGAAAGAGGUUUUCACCAAGGUGGUGAUUCGCAGGCUUCCUCCGAGCAUCUCCAAGGAUCAACUUGAAGAACAGCUCAGUCCACUACCCUCAUUUGAUUAUUUUGAAUUUUUUCCAGCUGAUCAAAGCUUGUACCCACAUCUGUUUUCUCGGGCAUAUAUUAAUUUUAAAAACCCUGAAGAUAUUCUGCACUUCAGAGACAGAUUUGAUGGAUAUGUCUUCAUUGAUAACAAGGGCCUUGAGUACCCAGCAGUGGUGGAAUUUGCUCCCUUCCAAAAAAUUUCGAAGAAGAAACUAAAGAAAAAGGAUGCUAAAGCUGGAAGCAUUGAAGAAGAUCCAGAGUAUAAGCGAUUUUUAGAGAAUUACUCCUGUGAUGAGGAGAAAUCAAUGGCCAAUCCUGAGACUCUGUUGGGGGAAAUUGAAGCCAAAACUAAGGAGCUCAUUGCCAAACGGACUACACCCCUCUUAGAGUACAUCAAAAAUAAGAAAAUUGAGAAACAAAGAAUAAGAGAGGAAAAGAGAGAGGAAAGACGGAGACGUGAAAUGGAGAAAAAACGCCAAAGAGAGGAAGAGAAAAGGAAGAGGCGAGAGGAAGAAAGACGCAAACGCAAAGAGGCAGAAAAGCAAAAGAAACUGUCUGAGAAGGACAUCAAAAUUAAGCUUUUAAAGAAGAGCGAUAGAGAUGAUGAUGUGGAUUCAGAUCGAAUGAAGGACAAAAGUGAUGUGGGAGAGACGGACCGACCAAACAAGUGGGAAAAGAGUGGGAAUCAAAUGAAGUCAAAGGAAUUUAAAGAAAAGGGUCAGGCAGAAAGUGACAAAGAGCAGCAGCAGCACAGUCGCAGGCAGAGAGAGAAGGACCACAGGGUGAAAGAUGAGGAGAGAAAACGCCAAAGACACCAUUAUGAGUUUGACAAGUUUAUGCGCCGUAAAGAGGAGACCAAAUGGGGAAAAGGCUACUGCCAGGACAGAGAGGAGAGGAGGAAGAAAGAGGGGCACCAUCACAGCUAUAACUACUGUCCUGACAAUGGAGAAAAACUGGGCAAAGAGGACCGCGAUGAGUUGAGUAACAGAAAGGAGCGCCUUCGAAACAAGGUGAGCGAGAAGGAUCGUCCAGCAAUGCAGCUAUAUCAGCCUGGUGCACGAAAUCGAAAACGCAUGAGCUCAUCGGGUAAAAGCUACGAGUGCAUCCCAGUGGGUCACUCACCUGAACCUGCAGCUGACUACGCCUAUGAGAUGGCCAACAUGAGCUUGGACAAAGGUUUUGAAAAGGGCAAAGAUGAACAAUAAAUACAAAAAUUAGAAGCAAUUUUUGUAAAUGUAUCUCUGAGUUCUUGCUCAUAUAAUUUAAAUUAUCAUGCAUUGUUUGGUUUGACAUAUUUUUUGGAAAUACAUUGACUAUUACAUCAACAACAGUGCUACUUACAUACAGAGUUAUAGGAGGUUUUCCCAUUUAGGCAGCUAGAAAUGUUUGUAAAAACAAUUUUCAGCCUCAGAGUCUUGAGUUGAGUCUUGACUUGUACCCCCCUCUGUUCAACAAGACAAAAUAUUUUGUAAAUAAGAAAUAUAAGGUGUAUUUUAUGUGCUGAAUUGAGAUGCAUUAUAAUGAUUAUAUAGAUGUACACCUAAUGUU